ACCUACAUAUGUAGGUAUUUAAGUAACUGUAAAAGUUGUUUUACUUUCUUAUCUACUUUUGAUACAAACAUGGCUGGUGAUUCUAGAGGCUAUGUGGCCGCCUUGGACAUUGGAACGACCAAAAUAAAAUGUAAAAUUUUGAAUAUUUCAUUGGAAGCUGUUGGAUCUGCUUACAAAAACGUGACUUUACAUUACCCAAAACCUGGUUAUGUGGAAAUCAGUCCAGAUGAAUUGUGGCGAGAUGUAAUAUCUGUUAUAAAGGAUGCUAUGUCAGCUGGAAAUAUAAACAUUUUUGAUGUAAAAUCCCUUGGUAUAUCGGUCCAAAGAGCCAGUUUUAUUACGUGGAGCAAAUCCAGUGGAAAGCCUUUCCAUGAUUUUAUUACAUGGAAAGAUCUGAGAACGAAAAAUUUUGCUAAAGUUGUCAAUAAAUAUUGGAGCGUUAGGAUUCUAAAAUUAGGAGCAGCAAUAGGUCACUUCUUUACCAGAAAUGACAGACUUUUUGCAGCCAGCAAUUUAAAAUUUGUUAGCAGAGAUGCUUCAGUUCGUUUAUCAUGGAUGCUAUCCAACAUUAAGGAGCUCAAUGAAGCCUUAUUAAAGGACGACGUACUAUUUGGUACCAUGGACACUUGGUUGGUAUACAAACUUACAAACGGCAAAAAACACGUAACCGACAUAAGUAACGCUAGCGCGACUUGUUUGUACGAUCCUUUUCUAUUGCAAUGGGGUUUAAUGACAAAUUUACUGAGGAUUCCAAAAAGUAUCCUGCCUGAGGUGGUUGCAAACAAUUAUAACUUUGGAGAAAUUGAGAAGGAUAUUUUUGGGGCUCCUAUCAAAAUUGGAUGCAUAAUUUCUGACCAGUCAUCUUCCAUGUUGGGCGCAUGUUGUUUUAACAAAAACGACCUUAAAGUAACUUUAGGAACGGGCGCAUUUUUAAAUUUAAAUACGGGUAAUUCCAUACAGGGUAGUAAAAGUGGAUUGUAUCCAUUGGUUGGGUGGAACAUGGAUAAGGAAAUUGUUUACUUGUCAGAAGUUGCUUGUAAUGAUUCAGGAUCGCUAAUUGAAUGGGCUCUUCAGUCAGGAUUCAUAAAUUCGGUUCGAGAAAUACCGGAAAUGAUUAACAAAACCACAAGUAAUGAUGGAGUAUAUUUUAUUGCAGCUUUUAGUGGACUUGGGCCCCCUGUAAAUGAUGACAACGCCGGCUCUGGCUUUAUAGGCAUUAAACCUACUACAAGAAAAGAGCAUAUGGUUAGAGCAAUCAUGGAAAGCAUAAUUUUUAGGGUGGCUCUAACCAUAAAUCUUUUAAUUAAUGAAACUCAAACUGACUAUAGAAGAAUGAGAAUCGAUGGUGGAGUAUCCAACAGCGAUUUUGUAUGCCAAAUGUUGGCUGAUAUAACAGGACUAAGCAUAGAAAGACUUGACAUGGCCGAUUUAUCAAUUAUUGGGGCUGGUUAUCUAGCUGGAAUUUCAUCUGGUAUAUGGAAAAAUAAACGCGAUUUAAAAAACCAAAUUAGCGUAGAACAAACGUUCUACCCUUCAACAGAUAAAAUUAACAAUGAACAAUGCAAAAACGAGAUGAAUAAAUGGCUUAGGGCCGCCCAAAGAUUUAAAGCCUGGCACACCGAAUAAAAUACUUAUUUAAUUUUAAAGCGUUUUUAAAUAUAGUUGUUAACCUAU